AUGUCUUUGGCCAUUGGAGUGGUUUCUAAUUGCAAAAGCAUGGGUUUUGAUGAGAAGCCCAAUGAGGGUGCAGAUACUUCGGAAACGCAGCACAUGGGGAAAAUGGCUAGUGACGGAGAAAGUGGUGAUGAACGCGGGACGAAUCUCAGUAGACACAUGAGUGAAAGUUCCAUUGCCGUCACCGAAGAUGAAGAUGAUGACGUGGAGAGGAAGAUUGAAUUGGGUCCUCAGUGCACUUUGAAAGAGCAGCUAGAGAAGGAUAAGGAUGAUGAGAGCUUGAGGAGGUGGAAAGAACAGCUUCUUGGAAGUGUCGAUAUGAAUUCUGUUGGAGAAACUCUCGAGCCAGAAGUGAAGAUCCUGAGUCUUGCAAUCAAGUCAGCUGGUAGACCUGACAUUGUUCUUCCAAUACCAGAGACAGGAAACCCCAACGGUUUGUGGUUUACUUUGAAAGAAGGUAGCCGUUAUAGGCUCAUGUUCACAUUCCAGGUCAACCAUAAUAUCGUUUCAGGUCUCAAAUAUACAAACACUGUGUGGAAAACUGGUAUCAAGGUUGACAGCACUAAAGAGAUGAUUGGAACAUUCAGCCCUCAAGCAGAGGCUUACACGCAUGAUAUGCCCGAAGAGACAACACCAUCUGGGAUAUUUGCUAGAGGGACAUAUUCGGCCAGAACUAAGUUUGUUGAUGAUGACAACAAGUCGUAUUUAGAGAUCAACUACACUUUUGAUAUUCGGAAGGACUGGCUUUAG